AUUUCAAAGCAUAUCUCCUUGCAAAAGAUGUCAUUCCAAAGGAAUACGGAAGACGGACAAAUAAACAAACAAACAUCAAACAGUUCCACAAUUCCAAAAACACGUCCUCUCAUUUAGAGGCAUUUACAAGCAUCUGCACAGACAAUGUUUUGACAUAAACCAUACCCCGCUGUUAGCAUUUCUGAGCAGCUGGAACCAAUUGUAUUGAAGAUGUCAUGCUUUUAAUAAUGGCUUCAUGUCCCUGAAAGAACAGUGACCCAAAUUAAAUGGGAGGAGUACCAGUAUGACUCAUUCUUUGGCCAUAAGAAAUAUGGCCCACUUGGGAUUGGACUUUGCAAGGGAAGGGUGUGUGUUUAUAAAUCCAUAUGUGACGAGAAACAGAGGAAGAAACUUCAGCAGAGCUUUGGAACUUAAAAACUUAAGUGCACAAUGUCUCAGGAAGCAGGAGAUGAGGGGACGAUGAAGAGGCCUGAAGUAAAUGCGGAGGAACUGAUUGGUGCGAGGGAUAAACUUGCCUCUGGGACAGAGAUGAAGAGCAAAACCUUUGAAGUGAUGCAGGAAUGUGAACGAGCUGGGAAAGUCGCUCCAUCAGUAUUCAGCAAAGCACGCUCCGGAUCUGAGACAGUUUUUAACACAUCCAGCAAGAGAAAGUGACAUUGUACGACCACAUACUCUACUCUGUUUAAGUAAAUUAUCGAGCUGAAAUUAUGUUAUGUGCAUUUCUUAAAUAUAAAAAUGCAUUGAGAUUUUGUGAUGUCAGAUUUUGUCCGAAAACUUAGGACUUCACAAUAAUAAAACAGUUUUUUUUCUGAA